CACACUAGCUUGUGUUUUACAAUCUGUGUCUAAAAGCAGGAAGUCUCGGUCCUUUAUGCCUAAAUUAGAGGAUAAAUAGGACCUGAAUGGGGGGACUUAAAGGAGGGGUGGAUGUUUGGCACAAAUCCCGGACCAAAUGUCUCUUAUUUUCUCCGUCUGGAUUUUGCGCCCCAGUAUGAGAGCCUCCUGUCUGUAACCCAAUCCGCUCUGAUGCUCUAAUGCACUGUGUGUUAAAGUGGCUUAGAGAGAAAGAAAAAGAAACGAGAAGUGCUGAAAAGAAAACAUAAAAAGCAACAUGAAAAGAAUUGAAGCGCACGAGCGGAGGAGGAGGAGGAGGAGAUGGAGGAAAGUGGAGGGAGGGGGAAGUGAGGGGUUAAAUCCAGCCUGAGGAAACCUGAUGCUGAUGAACAGAGAGAGAGAGAGAGAGAGGGAGAGUGGGUUUGGGGUAGAGGGACAGACAGAGAGAUACAGCACCACUGGAGAGAUGAUGAGAGCACGCUGACAUUACGAACACCGAGCUGAAGAUCAGACAGCAGGUAGAUGAAUGAAUACAAGAUGACACCAGUGAGAAUCGUGCUGUUCCUGUGGGGUCUCUUGUGCAUGUGUGUGUCAGUGGGGAGUGUGUCGGAGCUGUGUAAAGGUUCUCGCUGCUUAGAGCUGGGGGAGUCCAGACCAUGUUCAGGGUCACAGUGUGGCUCGGGCAGACCAACACGUCAACACAACCCUUUAUCACACAGCAGAUCUGCACCAACCCACCAACAUGCAGUCUCACACCUUCCUUCACCAGACAUGCUGGAGUCACACACAGCUUCUCAUUCUCACACUAGGGAAAGGAUGCGGCUUGCCGAAGUCGCAGGUCACACGUGCUCUGGAGCGGAUUGCAUUACCACCAAAAGACCACCGCAGGCCAUUAAUGAUACACGAGAGUGCAGGGGGCUGGAGUGCAGACUGCCUUUGAGGAUCAGAACCAAGCCCAGAGUGAGGCCGUGCCCUCCAGACGGCUGCGGACCUGGCUCAGACGACGCUCCCGUGCACGUUCCGGACAGAGCUGCUCAGUUUCUGGGGGAAUUUCCGGAUAUCGGAUAUCCUUCGUCGGAACUUGGAGGUGCACCGCUGGGAGUGCAGCUGACAUGUGACAUCAAACCAGGAGAGAACGAGGUUCCCUCGGAAGAUGCCCUUGUCCUGCACCUGCAGCUCUCCAAAGGCCAGGAGAAGUUGGUGGAGGCACUGCGGGUGCAGCAGUUAGUGAUCCGCGACCUACAGCAGCGUCUGGAAGAGCAGCAGGGAGCGCUUCUGGCCCAGCAGCGUGAGAUCCUAGAGCAGCAGCGGCGCAUGUACGAGCAGAUGGACGUGGUGAAAGCGCAGUACGGCAUGCUGUCCGAGACCGUCAAGCAGGUGUCCUUUCAGGGCCUGCAGGGGGAGCUGCAGAGUUAUUUGGAAAGCCAGCUGGCCGGCGUGCAGAGCCAAGCUCGCAGCCACCUGCAGAAGUCGUAUGCCGUGCAUAAAACGGAUGCCAAGAUGAUAGACCGCAUGUGGUCCUGA